AAAUACAAAAAAACAAACUGUUUGUUACAUAUACCCAGUUCUUUAGCAUUCGUACCCCGUUUUGCGAGCCUAGACGCCACCCACACUCUCACACUAAACCACAAAUGUAUAAACCCUAAUUAUACUCACACCUAUACUUACACACAAAUCUCACUCUCUCACUUUCCAUCACUAAUGGCGACUAAUCGGCAGCUGCUCAAAGUCGAGCCGGCGAUUUGGCGAGCCUGCGCCGGGACUUCCGUACACAUUCCGGCGGUCAAUUCCAGGGUUUAUUAUUUUCCGCAAGGCCAUUCCGAGCAAUCGGCGUCCACUCCGACGUUCUCGCCGCUCGUGUUCGCUCGUCCGUACACUCUGUGUUGUGUGCGUGGUGUUGGAUUCUUCGCCAAUCCCGAGACGGAUGAGGUGUUUGCGAAGAUGCAUCUUGUGCCUGUUCCUAGUGAUCAGAGUGUGUUGUUACGGAAUGAGCAGGGUGAUGUAGAGGAUGAGAAUGAUGUUGUUUCAUUCUCUAAGAUUUUGACUCCAUCGGAUGCAAACAAUGGUGGAGGAUUCUCGGUCCCGAGGUUUUGUGCUGACUCGAUUUUCCCAGCGUUGAAUUUCGAGGCUGAUCCACCUGUGCAGAACCUUGGAGUGAGGGAUGUUCACGGUGUUUUGUGGGAGUUUCGCCAUAUUUAUAGGGGCACACCACGUCGUCAUUUGCUGACUACGGGUUGGAGCAAGUUUGUGAACAAUAAGAAACUAGUUGCUGGGGACUCUGUUGUGUUUAUGCGAAACCGUCGUAGUGGUGAAAUUUCUGUAGGGAUAAGGAGGGCUGUUAAAGCUAAUGCUGAUUGUAAUGGGCGCUGGAAUUAUUAUGAGGAUAAAAGAGAGAGGGAGGGAUUUUCUAGAGAUGUCAGGGGUAGGGUCGCUGUGGAGGCAGUGGAGGAGGCUGCUGAGUUGGCUGCCAAAGGAUUAGGGUUUGAGAUUGUGUAUUACCCUGGUGCCGGGUCUGCAGAUUUUGUGGUGAAAGCAGAAAAGGUGGAGAGGUCCUUUUCAGUGUUUUGGACCGUGGGAAUGAGGGUGAAAAUGGCAGUGGAGACAGAAGAUUCAUCAAGAAUGACUUGGUUUCAGGGGACGGUGUCAUCUGCUGUAUUGCCAGAUAGUGGACCAUGGCGAGGCUCUCCUUGGCGGAUGCUUCAGGUUACCUGGGAUGAACCUGAAGCUUUACAGAAUGUGAAGAGGGUGAGCCCUUGGCAAGUUGAGAAUGUGGUGGCAACACCAUCGCUUCAUUCAGAAUUCCAUCCCACAAAGAAAUGUAAACUUUCUCAAGAUCCAGGGUUGUUAUCUGCUGGAGAUGGAGAACUUUUAUUUCCAAUGCCAUUCUUAUCUCAUUCAUUGAUGGGGCACUUGAACCCAUCAUGGAUGAAUUAUAAUUCCUUCCCUGCUGGCAUCCAGGGAGCCAGGCAAGAUCAAAUUUGUGUUUCCGGUGUACCCAAUAACAUUUUGGAAAAUAGUCAACAAAUUUGCAGCAAGUUUUUCGUUGGUGACAUGUCUCCAAUGGCAGAAACUACUGAAUUGAAUAUUGGUAGUGCGCAGGUGGAUAAUUUAUCACCUGAUAGUCGUAGCAGUGUGCAUUUUUUUGGCAAUGAGCAAGUUGGUAAACAAAGAGUCAGCAAGUGUUCACAAAAAGUUGGAAUUAGCUCAUUCCAGUUAUUCGGCAAGAUUAUACACAUAAAUAAUCCCAUUGAAGGGGGUUUGGAUGAUGUAAAAUGCACUGGAGAAGAUGGCAGUAAAAUUUACAGAGAAGGACGUGUUGACCACCCUCUGAAACGUUCUUUAACCUAUCCAUUUACAGAGUUCUUCGGCACAGUUGAUGUUCAAUGCCAAAGAGACUCAGCUAGUGAAGAUGUUUAUUCUGAAUGAAUGUCUUCUAAAUCAGAAGCUGUAUCAUCAUUGGUGAACUUGGUAUCUUUGUUUUCUGACAAAAUAGUCGUCUUGUAAUGCUAAGGCUAGACUUUAGACUUCUUUUUUAAAUUUGGCAGAGUUGUUUCAUCUUGUUUCCGGUUAUUUAGUUGCUGCAGCUCUGCAACUAAAUUUUAGUAUUGAAUAUUUUUUACUUGGCUUUUGGCAUCAAUUUAAUGGAUGGAGUUCCUGUAGUGAAAAAUUGUUUGCAUCUGGAUACUUGUUUUUUGUUAGUUUUUCUGCCUGUCAUGCCUGAUUGUAUUAGCAGUAGAUAGAUGUACAUAAUGCCAAGUAAAUAGAUGUACAUAGUGCUAAUCUGCUAAUCUUAGAUCAAAUCUAUUUCACUGAUGGACAA